CAACAAGUUGUUGCCGCGAAGGGAGACAUAUCAACAUGGAGAAACAGGAGGAUGGAGAACCAUCCUGAUGGACCUCAGGGUCAGUGUGAUCGGCGUGCAGUUACUGAAGCUGCGCAGAAUUUCAUGUCAUUGCUUAGCAGAGUAAUGCCCAAAGGACAGGGUCAGAGCACCAGUAGGGAGAGGCCAACAGUGGAGUCUGAGAUGACCAGAUCCUUCCCUGGGUAUUUCAAACCAAGAAACAAAGGUCCCCCCAUCAGAGGCUACAAACAGGCAAGAACUGUGAAGAAGUGGAUUCCACUUGACACUACUUUUUUUUGCUCUCCUCCAAAACGGAGACAACUCCAUCCCCCUCUGAGGAGCUGGAGCUCAUUCAAGCAGGGCUUGGAAAGCGUACAGUGUCUAUUCCAUCUGAUGUAACUCACGCAGAGUUAUCCAGUUUACUUGAGGCAGCAUAUCCAAAGAUGACAGUUCUUGAGGACAGAUGGCUUCUCUUCAAAGCAGCAGGUGGAAAUGGAAGAAGGAAGAUGUCUGCAGUUGCAUUAGAGGCAGAGGGUUACACCGGUUCUAUCAUCAGAAGAGCCUCAAGUGGAGGAAAACUUUUGUUAUACGUGGUGCCCCUCCAAGAUGAGCUAGAUUUAUCACCUCUCCCUUUUUCAGCUUGGAUCUCAAAUGCCGAACUUAAAAGUUAUCUGUUGUGGUGAGCUUUAUCCCAAACCUUGGCAUGUCUGUUCUGCUUCUCUGCUCAGGAGUCAGAAGUGGUGUUCUUGAAUGAGGCAACAUCUUUGAGCCCAGCCCCAGGGCCUAAUUCAGAUGUGCUACAGUCCUCUGAGAAACAUUGCUCUCAGCAGUUGGCUCCUCCUAACCAACCUACUCCUUUUUGAUAGCCUGAAGUAUUUUACCACAUUGAAGACUGACAUACUAUCUUCUGAAUUUGAAUGUGUCUGCACAUAGGAAAGUGAGGUCAAAUGUCCAAUUUGCAUACAAACAUUUCCGGUGUCAGACAUUGAGCUACAUGCAAGCAUCUGCAGUGAAAGCAUGGAGCAGAAUCUUUGCCAGCUCAACACCGCUGAAACAUGCUCCAGUCUGGAUCAAAUAUCAUGUGAAGAAGAUGUUCUUCAGUGGGUAAUGGCACAGGUUGACAGAAGCAAGAACUUUGAAAUCUGCGUGUCCAGAGACAGUAUGGUUGACAGAGGUCUUAAACUCUGGAAGCGUAGAAAGAAUGGCAGUCCACUGAACCCUUUGAAAGUUUCCUUCCUGGGGGAACCGGGAGUUGACACUGGCGCACUAAGAAAAGAGUUCCUGUCCACAAUGGUUGCUGGAAUCGAGAGACCACUUUUUGAAGGAGAGAGUGAAAAGGGAAAAGUGCCAAAAUACUCUCUCAACGAUUUGGAUGAUGAACUUUUGAAAGUUGCAGGUGAAAUAUUUGCAGUGAGCAUUGCCCAAGGAGGACCAGCACCAAGAUUUCUGCAGGAGUGGUGUUACCACUAUCUUGUCACUGGAAACCUUAACACUGAGGGAAGUCAUGACAAGGACUUGUCACCAUUCAUCAAAACACUUGAAGAUGCAUCUGACCUGUUCCCCUAUGUUGAAGAAAUCCUGGAUUGUGGCUACACUGGUCCAAUCAGCAUUGACCAUAAGGAACGGAUAAUAAGGGCUGUUGGUCUGCAUAUGACAACAAAACGUACACCAAUGCUGCAACAGAUCCGUGAAGGCCUUAAGGUGUACAAUCUGAUCGAUGUCAUGCAGAGAAAGCCGAAUGAAUGCCAUGAUCUUUUUGUGACAGGAUGCGAUGACAAGGUUUCAGUCACAGUUCAGGAGUACGCGUCCUGUGUCUCAACAUUUCACCAAAGAGGUGAUUCUUCUGCCAGACCAUACAGCAACACAUGUGCCAAGGCGUGCAAGCAAAGCUUGGCUUUUUGAAAGAGGGCAUGUGAAGUCAGCAUUGGAAUUUGCCUGUGACUGGGACUCAAACAGAAUCAUGCAGGCAAUACGAACAGCCUUUCAGCCAAUUGUGGAGGGAUGCAGGCUUCAAAUCCUGCUCCCAUGCCACAAUAAACUUGUUGAGCCAUCUCUCAGCACAACACAAUCGUUGAGUGGAAACCUAGUGAAAAAACUGUUUCACCAGAAGUGCAUAUAUGUAAGACCUGACAAAGUCCUUUUGAAAGAGGAUGGAGAUGAUGUCGAAUCUGAAUUUUCUGGUGGUGAAAGUAGCCUCACCAAAAGUUCUGAUAUCACAGACAUUCAAGAAAGAGAUAAAUGUGGAAUUGGAGGUACUUCAGAAGAAGUUGCCUCAACCAUUUCCACUGUUGAGCCCCAGUCCCUCUACCAUACUAUGUCUUCCUUUUCUGAUGGUGAUGAGGUUAUCUGGUGUGUUGGUCCCUCUGACACGCAAGAUGUAUCUACUGACAACACCUCUAUUCUUGCCCAUGGUCCCACCCAUCCUAGUGCAUCCGGCUCAUCUGAUACAUCCUACAGUACAUACCUUGGUCUGUUUGAGGAAGAAUACCUCUCUGAUGAUCCUGAUAUUCAGGAAGCAAUUUCAAGGUCUUUGGAAUGUAAUACGAGUGACAGUGAUUUGAAGAUGACUUUAGAGGGAGUAAUGGAGCAGAUUACUUCUCAAGUCAAUAAUGGCAGCACUGUACGCUUCAAUAUCAUAAGAAGAAAUGUGUGGGAUGGAACAACCAGAGCUAUGGGUAGAUCCAAUUUUUCACCAGAGAAGAAGGUGGAUGUCAAGUUUACCGAUGACUAUGGAGCAUCUGAGGGUGCUGUGGACAAUGGAGGACCUACACGGGAGUUUUUCCGGCUCUGCCUAAAUGAAAUCAAGGACAAAAUUGGCAUCUUUGAGGGUCCCCCUAAUGCCAAAGUUCUAACAUGCAACUCCAAAGCAAUGAAAGACAAUGGAUAUGUCUAUGCUGGCCAGAUCAUGGCAAUGUCAAUUGCACAUGGGGGACAGAGUCCAUGUUUCCUGUCUGAACUCCUGUACGAGUGUCUUCAAAAGGGUCCAGACGAUGUAAAGGUCAUAUCUGAUCAUAUUGCUGAUGAAGAAAUAAGGUCCCAGGUCCAGAUGAUUUUACAAGCUGAGACUGACUCACAACUUCAAGAUGCAGUUACACAGGCAGCCAGCCUGAUUAGCGUGGCAGGUCACAGUGUCCGCAUAACCCUGCAAAACAAAGAAGAGACUGCUUUGGACUUGGCUCACUGGUAUGUCCUCCAGCGAACCCGAGCUCCAUUUGAAAGGUUCAGAGAUGGGUUAACAUCUCUAGGUAUCCUAAAAGCACUCCAGAGAUACCCACUGCAGAUGAAAUGUCUGUUUGUCAGUACUGGGAAGGCUUUAACAGCGACUGAUAUGGAGAACCUCUUCCAGAUCAUUCACUCUGAAAGAGGAAGUAACGCAUUCCAAGAAGAGUGCCGGACGCUUGCCUUCUGGCAAGAUUAUCUUCAGGAUGCUGAAUUUGAGAAGGGUGUCUGUCUGGAGGAUAUUCUUGUUUUCUUCACUGGAUGUGACAGCAUUCCAGCCCUGGGUUUCUCUCCAAAGCCAAACCUUGAGUUCAUUAACUAUUCCAGAUUUCCAGUGGCCAAUACAUGCGAAAACAUUCUUCGCAUACCAACUCAAGCAGUAUACACUGCUUUCAAACAUGACAUGGAUUUCGCCAUACGCAAUUCACCAGGAUUUGGAAGAGCAUGAGAGGUACUAUGAAGGAUUGUUGCGCAUACUACGAUGAUGCUUUUUUUUCAGGCCUGUUCAUGUUGUUAUUCCCUGACACAAAAAUGCUGUAUUGUCUGUAAUAAAGACUCUAGGAAGUAUCUGUAAGUAGGUCUGUAGAUGUUUUAUAUGGAUUUUUUUUAUGUUAAAGAAGCCAAAGAGCACGUUUGCUAUCUGAGCCCAUGUCUCAAACAUUUUGCUAUAUAUAGGCAUCAAGUCUUAGCUGCUUUUUGGAGAAGUCCGUAAGUCUGCCUUGUAAGUCUGUAAGGAAGUACAGUAUAUGUAAGAUGGAGAAGGCUACUAUAAAAUUAUGGUGUCAAAAGUAAGGAUAUCAGACAUGAUCAGACAUUUUUAGAUCAGGACAAUGAUCUAAAAAAAAUGAACGAGUUAUGUUCAGCAACCCAAAACUGUUUAUUGGUAGAACGUAAGUUGAAGGGAUUUCUUCAUUGGCCUCACUUUUCAAAACCAAAAGCUUCAUCCAUCUUUUAUGUGCAUUCUCUUUGAGACCAUUAAACUGCUCAUAGUUUGUCACAUUUUGAGGUUUUAAGAUGUUUCUGAUUCAAAGCCACUUUAAGGAAUGUUCAGUUUGCUCUGACAUUGUUCUAUAUGUGUAUAAGUAGUGUGUUCUAAAUUAUAAACCUUUUGUCUAAAGUGGUCAGAUGUAUUGCUCACUGUGAAACAAGGCUUUGAACAUGCCGGUCUUGUUUGACACCUACCCCUUCACAGUGGUUACACUAAUACAUUACCACAUUGAGACAGUAUUGUGGCUGAGUUUGAGUUCCUUUUGAUGGUCACAAAGAUGUGUUGCAUUUCACACUAGCUUUUUUUUUUUUAUUGAACGUUGUGUAAAAUGUAUUACAAAUUAGAAAUGGGAGGGCACUUCUCUUUAUAUUAUGGAAUGGCUUUCUAUGUUAAAAAAUGCUUGAUUUAGUUAUCAUAGGCGUACACAAAUUGAGCAUUACAUAAAAAUAGAUGGCUUUGUUGCAGUGCUUUUGGAUAAAACUAAACUCAUUUACAUUACGUUUAGAAUGGUAUAUGAACAAUUGUGCUAUGUUAAAGUCAACUGUUUCAACCCUUUUCUCUAAAUGAAAACAAGUGUUAGAGAGACAAGGGUCUUUUCUCUCUUAACUGCAUCAUUUGGAUUGCACCAACAGAUUCAUUGCAGUAAAUGACUGAUGCCCAACCCUAUUGCUAUGAUUUUUUUUCAGAAAUGCCGUC